GCUCUGAAUGCUGUCCACAUCAAACAUCUGUAUUUUAUAAAGGAUUACUUGUGUUGUUCGAUCAUUUUUAACGUAUUUUAAGGUUUAAAACGUGUUGAAUAAUUUCUAUGUUUUAAGGUUAAAAGUUUUAGACAAAGAUGGCGACUGGGCCAUUUUUCAUAAAAUAACAGAUGCAUAUUUUUGGUAACCACGGAGAUGAUGGAAGUCUUUGGAGAAGCGUUCGGGGGAACGUCAUGACGUCAGAACAUGCAGGUGUAAACAAAGCAGCUGAGCUGAUCUGAUGGAAGAUGUCGGAGCAUCGGGUCCUUUUCAGUUCAGAGCUGAUCCUGUUUGUGAACUGAUGCUCAGAUGUUGCUUCAAAAACUCCGUUAGAUUUUUGUUGUUGUGAACUGACCUGAAGUCAGUGUGUGACUGUCAGCGGACAAACAGCUGUUGUGUUGAAUCUGUCGUUUGUCAUCAUUUAGGAGCCUUAAACUCCACAUGCUGUUAGUUGAUCACUCUGAAAUGUGUUUUCACUCCGAGUCAAGCUGUUCCUCUGUUUUUUUAUCGAACUGUGAGAGUGACUGGAUGAUUUCCAGUUUCUAACCUGGAGAGAAGCUCGCACGUUUGUGUGCCUAUUUUGGAGAAGUUUCGUUGUUGGUUCCGCAUGACUUGGUAAAGGUACCAGAGGUUCAGAGUGCGUAAUUACGCAUACGGUGUUGUGCGCUGCAGCUGGUUGGCUGGAUGAGUAUUUUCUAGCGGUGAUGGAGACUGUGGCAGCAUCUUGUAAACACAGUACACGUAGUAUCAUGAAAGGUGAAGAAAUCAGUGAAGGUGCUCUCACCCUCUUUUCAAACGGUCAGAUUUAAAGUUCAUUUUAAUACGAUGUGGUUUGAUGGUGGAGACACCAGUGAAAUGAUUUUAUUAACAUGUUACUGUGUGGAUGCAUCACUGCUGCAUAUGACUGGCUCUGAAUCUGUUCUGUGUAUUUAGUAUUUACUGGUUGCGGUGGAAUCACUGUGAGAAAUUAGGGGUUUGAACAGUUGCUUUUUUUUGAAUGUACUGUUAUUAUAUCAAACAAAGUCAGCAUUUCUAAAUGUAAUUGCAUAAACUGGCACAAUGAUGGUAAAUGAUAAAAACUUUACAGAACUGGUAAAUAAUGUCCGCAUCAAAGAUCUGUAUUUGUAUGAAUGGUAAUUUGUUCUUUGAUGACAUUUGACCUCAAAAUCACACUAUUUUCACUCUAUUUAUUUAUUUCUAUUAGCAUUUUACAGAUAUUUCCUUAUUUUGAAAAAACAUACUUAUAUUAAGUGCUGAAAGUUGGUAAUCAUUUCUAAAUUGUAAUUCUGUGUUUAAAGCGGUGACCUAGACACAAUAUGAGGAUGAAGUAAAACAGGCAGAACAUUGGUUUGUGAUGCUUCAGUCUCUGCUGACUAAAGACACACAAAGUGAGUAUUGAAAUUGUGCAGUUUUCAUUUUGGAACGGUCUUUGUACAGAAAUGUGAGAAACAGCCUGAAAGCCAGAAAGUGUCCUCUCAGUGUAAAAUGGAACUUUGCUGCCUGCCUUGGUUUAACCCUCCUGUUGUCCUCAUUUACAGGCACCAAAAAAUAUUGUUUCCUUGUCUGAAAAAAAUCCAAAAAUUCAGCAAAAAACUUCACCAAAUUUCUGAAAAUUUGCAAAACCUUCAGGAAGAAAAUUUCAAUAAUUCCUUAAAAGUUUUAUUUUUUUAAAAAUCCCCCAAAUUUGGCAAGAAAAUUCUUGUUGUUCAAAGAUUUCCCAAAAAUGUUGAAAAUGUGGACAUUAGAAGUUUCACUGUGAAAAUAUAUAUUUUUUACACAUUUUCAAACUAAAAUGGGCCAAUUUUGACGGGCAGGACAACACCAGGGUUAAAAAGCUGGCUCUGUGGUCGGAAUCAAAUUGAACUCAUUGGAAGAUGAGGAGAGACGUGCACUGAGCAAGGUGGAGGCCAUUGUGCCAAACAUGGAUCAUCUACUUCAUAUCUGCCUCAAUGAGCAACGAAACCUCGGUGGUGAACGGCUCCUAUUCCUGUCCUGCAGGACAGAAAGAUUUAGAAAAUCUUACCAUCAGCAAUUAGAGUAUUUUAUUCUAAAGUAAACUGAUGAGACCCCAGACACUUGAAUUUCCCUUUGGGGAUAAAUAAAGUUAUUAUAUUGUAUUGUAGCUCCAGGAACUGAAGGUGUCCUGUAAUGUGCAGCAACAUGUUCUCCUCUGAGGCUGCUCAUUUAGAGCUUAUGUUCUAUCAGUGUUGUGAAGCUGUGCUCUAAACAUUGAGGAAAACAAUCAGUGUCCAUCUUUGACAUGACAGCAGCAGCAGCGUCUGAGCAGCUUCACCACUGUGUUCACCUGGAUCCAGUUUAGUUUGAUGGAACCAAGUGAACGAUGUGAGGAGCAGAAAGUCUCUGAGGUCAGACAGCAGCACUUUGAAAUAUUGCUUUGUUUCUGUUUUCAGAGGACUUGGGACCUCCAUUGGAGCCCCGAACCACCGAUCCUCCAGCUGGUUACACACACACACACACACACACACACACACACACACACACACACACACACACACACACACACACACACACACACACACACACACACACACACACAAACACACACCCACCACCAUGUUUACCCACCAUCCUCACCCUGUCUCUCCUUCCUCCUCUUCCUCUAGCUCCUCCUCCUCCUCGCUUUCCCCACUCGCUCCCCCCUUCUCUCCUCUCUCCUCCUACUCUUCCUCCUCCAUGCUUUCUCCCCUCGCUCCCCCCUUCUCUCCUCUCUCCUCCUACUCUUCCUCCUCCAUGCUUUCUCCCCUCGCUCCCCCCUUCUCUCAUCUCUCCUCUUCCUCCUUCCCUCCCCCCUCCAAGAUCGCCCGCCAUUCUCCCCUCCUCUCUCCCUCCUCCUCCUCCUCCUCCACCAUGCUUUCUCCCCUCGCUCCCCCCUUCUCUCCUCUCUCCUCCUACUCUUCCUCCUCCUCCAUGCUUUCUCCCCUCCUCUCUCCCUCCUCCUCCUCCAUGCUUUCUCCCCUCGCUCCCCCCUUCUCUCCUCUCUCCCCUUCCUCCUCCUUCUCCUCCUCCUCCACCAUGCUUUCUCCCCUCCUCUCUCCCUCCUCCUCCUCCUCCACCAUGCUUUCUCCCCCUCCUCUCUCCCCCCUCCUCCUCCUCCUCCACCAUGCUUUCUCCCCUCCUCUCUCCCUCCUCCUCCUCCUCCUCCUCCAUGCUUUCUCUCCUCCUCUCUCCCUCCUCCUCCUCCUCCUCCUCCACCAUGCUUUCUCCCCUCCUCUCUCCCUCCUCCUCCUCCUCUUCCUCCACCAUGCUUUCUCCCCUCCUCUCUCCCUCCUCCUCCUCCUCCUCCAUGCUUUCUCUCCUCCUCUCUCCCUCCUCCUCCUCCUCCUCCUCCACCAUGCUUUCUCCCCUCCUCUCUCCCUCCUCCUCCUCCUCUUCCUCCACCAUGCUUUCUCCCCUCCUCUCUCCCUCCUCCUCCUCCUCCUCCUCCUCCUCCAUGCUUUCUCUCCUCGCUCCCCUCUUCUCUCGUCUCUCCCUUUCUCCACCCUCCUCUCAGCACGGCUGCCAGACAGGUAAGAGAGGUGCUGAGCCUCCAGCAGGCCAACCUCCAAGUAAGAGGUCUCGCACUUAAACUCUUAUUUAUUAUAGUUUAAGUGCAGUUUCUUUUUUUUAAGUUUAACUGAAUGUGAUUUAUGUUGGAUGUGAUCUGGUCAGACUUUAUUUGAAUGAAUCUGUUGUGAUGAUGUCUGAUCGAUCUAUUCCAACUUUAUUUGAAUAUAUUUUCUCUUUGUAUAGUGUGAUUUAUGUUGGAUUGUGAUUUCAUCAGACUUUAUUUGAAUGAAUCUGUUGUGAUGAUGUCUGAUCAAUCUAUUCUGACUUUAUUUGAAUCAUUUUUUCUGGUUUUAUUGUAUAUAGUUCGUUUGCAAAAUGUGAUUUAUGUUGGAUGCGAUCUGACCAGAUUUUAUUUGAAUGAAUCUGUUGUGAUGAUGUCUGGCUGAUCUAUUCCAACUUUAUUUGGAUGAAAUUAAAUUGAAUAUCUAUUGUUUGUGGCCCUGCGAUGGACUGGCGAGCUGUCCAGGGUGUCUCUGCCUUCGCCCUGAGUCGGCUGGGAUAGGCUCCAGCCCCGCGUGACCCUACAGAGGAUCAAGCGGAGUGAGGAUGGAUGGAUGGAUGGAUGGAUGAAUGGAGUGUGAUUCCAACUGAACUCUGUCCUUGUCAGUGGGACUCGGGUCAGGGUGCCUUUCAGAGGUGUGGGUGGAUCUGGGGGGAAUAGCACCCUCACAGUGAAACUCCGCUCUGGGUAAAGGUGAGAAGGAUGCAGACAGCAUGUCAUGAAGUAGUAAUAUGUGUGUCUGCGUCCCAUCCUGGACCCACAGUAGAGUCCACAGCGACAAGGACCAGAGUUCAGUGGAAUCACACUGGGAGGGGGGAGGAAGCUUUCACGGGCCACUGCACAGCAGUGGCCCGUGACAAGGUAAGUUUUAGGUUUUGAUUAUAUAUUCAUAAUAAACAAAGUUUUUAAAUAUCCAAUAGGAGGUAAGCAAUAUUCUGACAUGCUCUCCUGUUGUUUUUUCCAGCCCCAGCAGACCCAUGAAGAUGACCAACCAAGCCCACCAGAGACGACCCCAGAGACUGCAACCAGAUGACAAGACAACUUUCUAAGGAGCAGAAUGCACUGCUGUUUCCUGGCCCCCAACGAUUUCAACAAGGAUGGAACAUCAAGGAGAAAAAAGUCAUUAAGAAGAAAAGGAUGAUGGGAACUAGAUCCAGGAGCAGUGCAUGAGAUUUGAGACCACUCAACUAAAACAAGAGCUCUCUCUCCAAGACACCCAGUAAAAUGAAGGAUCAGAUCAGGACGAGAAACUAGAUCAAGAGCAGCCACAGUAUGUGAACUGAGACAAUGGAAGAGGGGAUGCUUAAUAUAGUGACACAAAAGGAGGAAGUCAGAGUACAAAGAAAAAGCCACACAGCCACAGAGAGAACAUGGAUGGAAAGAACCAGAUGACCAGCAGAAUCUAAGAAGAUAAAGAAACACUUCGAGGAGCCUCCAGACGAUCAACAACAGAAGAAACAUGUCAGAGAACAGGAGGAAGAUGAAUAACAGCAUCAAAGAGAGAAAAAGAAACAGACCCAAGAAGAAGAAGAAGAAACAGACCCAAGAAGAAGACCCAAGAAGAAGAAGACCCAAGAAGAAACAGACCCAAGAAGAAGAAGAAACAGACCCAAGAAGAAGAAGACCCAAGAAGAAGAAACAGACCCAAGAAGAAGAGGAAACAGACCCAAGAAGAAGACCCAAGAAGAAGAAGACCCAAGAAGAAACAGACCCAAGAAGAAGAAGAAACAGACCCAAGAAGAAGAAGACCCAAGAAGAAGACCCAAGAAGAAGAAACAGACCCAAGAAGAAGAGCUCCAGAUUACUCCGAAGGUGUCUCUGGAUCUGGAGCUACAAGUUUAGAUCUGCUGUUAUUGGCCUCACCCACCUGCAAAGAGUUCAUGUUCUCUCCCUCCUCUGUACCCUCAUUCCAAACGGAGUUUUUUUUUUUCAACUUCCUGGCAACAGGAAGUUUUUUUUCCUCCACACUGCUGCCAAAUGUUUGAUCUGAUCAAACUGCAAUAAGAGAGAGUCUUAAAUAAAAAGCCAAAACAAGAGAACUGUAUCUGUUUGUUCGAACAUUUGACAUUAUGGACUCUUCCUGUAGCCUUAUUCUAUGGUUAGAAAAUCAUGUUAGUCUAAAAAUGUGUUUUCAGUAGGUUGUGAAGCAAAACAUGCAAAAGUCCAAGGGGAUGAAAACACACUGGGAAAUAUAAAGGAACUACAAAACGAUCAGUGUACUUAUUUCAGAUCCCAUUGAAUUUUAACUUGUCAAGGAUGUUUUUUUUUCCCCUCUGGCACUUUUCUGUGUUUCCCAAAAGUCACUGCAUUUUGAAACUCCUCUGCAUUGAAGAAUUCAUCAAAAGCAAGAUAGAAUAAGUGAAGGCAGUCCUUCUUUGCCUGAUCUGUAUGGAUUGUAGCUGUAUAAUCAGACACGGGAGACGGUGGACUUCUCUCAGGAAAAUGUGUAUUCUAAUACCAGGAAGCUACCUACAACCCACAGGUGCAUUAUGGGACAUGUAGUCCAAUAGUACUACUACUACACCUCCUUUCAGCUAAAGUCAUACCCAUUUUCAAGCAGACAGGAACAAAGUAUCUGACAGCUUAUAUGAACAUUAAUGUGCCAUAUACUCAUUUCAACAUGAACACUAACAUUUCUCUGUGUUUAUUUUUGUUUACAACAUAAACACAAACUGUUUUAAACGACUGGAUAAACAGCAUUUUAAACAUUCAUUUUGUCAUUAAAUGAACAUGUCAAGUGUCCUCCUACUUUCAAUGAGUAGUGAUUCUCAUUGAUGACUUUGAGAGUUCAUAUGUAGUUUCCCCACUUGAAAAAGGAUGCUUCCCUGCACCCGGGCUUGAGCUGGACUCCUCUCAUUGAUCAGACAGUUGCUUUCUUUUCUUUCCUUUUAUUUUGCAGUGGUAGCAAAGUAACAGGGUUACAAAAAUGGCAACUUCACAAGUUGGUAAGGUGAAAAACUUUUAAACAAAAAACAGAGGAACAAUGUUCACAUUAUUGCAAGUCAGCAAACAGUAACAACAUUCCUUACAC